AUGUACUCAAUUAUCAGAUGGUUUUACUUCAAUUCCGAUUUUGUCUUGAAUACAUAAUCAACUUCUCCAACCACCAACACCAAAUAUUACUCCACAUUAAAUCAAUUCUGUUCAGCAUAUUAAGCAGGAUGUUAGACUUGUCCAUCCUAAUACACCUGUACUUAAUUUUUACCAAGAUAUUUCUGGUAUUAAUCAACAGUCACAACUAACACUGGUGCAUUUAUCAAGAUAAUGUGUCGCAUGUCCUAAGUAUUGUGUACAUCGGCUGCUACUUACAGUACAUGUUAUCUCAAUUUCUAACAAGAUUCUAACUCAACUGUCAGCGCUUGUAAGUGCCCAUCAGGAUAUAAUUUAAUAACUUCUGGUCAUAUCUAAUAAGCAUAAAUUACCGCUACACGUAAUAUAACAGCUUGUUCUUAAUGCAAUGCUGAUAACACUAAAUGCUUGGCUUGCAUAACAUAGUAUUAAGGAAAAUCCUAUACUUUAAUGAACAUGUGUCACUUGCUCAUAAGUUGCAGUUCAUGCACAUUGAUGACUGGCAGCACAAGUUAAACCACCUGCUAGGUUUGCUAAAAUGGAUAUUAUAAAACACAAAGUGCCAAUGAUCAAUCAGUCCUCUGUUCUAUUUGCUCAUAAACUGGAGCUCAAUUGUGCAAGGUCCUUUGGAAAAUGCCACCUUCACCCAAGUAACAAUUAUCCAAUGUCGAAAAAAUUAUUACCUAUAUGAUCUACUUGUUAUACAAUUUCAACUUCAAAUAGCAGCAGUUGUCAAUAAUGUCUCCUUGGAUAUAUAUUAUUUGGAAGCACUUUUUAAACAUGCGCCACAAGCAAGAACUAGAAAUUUUGUAAUGCAAUUCACAUAACUCUGGAUUGUAAUACAAUUCAUGUUAAAAUGGAUAUGUGAUUGAUUCUACCAACAACGUUAGAGUUGCAUGCACAAGUGGAUGCACUAAAUGUACCUUAAUUGCAGCCACUCAAAACACUUCAUAGAGUAUAUCAUGCAGUGUUUGCAACGAUGGAAAUUACUUGGACAACACCUCUGGAAGAUUUUUUGCUUGCCCAUAUGAUUGUAAGACCUGCUAUUCAAAAUAUACAUGCACAACUUACAAGGAUGGAUUUUAUUUGAAACAAUCACAAACUACAUUCAAUGCCAAAUAAUACACCCCCAAAACAUGUUAGUCUAAAUGUGCAAUAUGCUCAGCAAAUGGAAAUGUCUGUUUUGACCUGCUCAACUGAAUAUGUCUUAUAAAAUGGUGGAUGUGUCAAUUUGUAAUAAUCAAUCGCCAAUGAUACCAACAAGUACAAUUAUGUCAAUUGUUAUUAACUUGACACAACUAACACAGGAUGUCUUAACUGUUUAGCUGGAUUCUACUUAGAUGCUUCAAAAGUA